AUGUCACAACAAUUCAACCCCAGUGAUGCCGAGUUGUCCCAAUAUUCUGAGGACAUGACUGCGUACACGCUGGAGCAGCUUAUUCAAUGGCGCGCUGACCUGGAGCGCAAGGCCAAGGAACAAGAGGAGAAGGAGCGAGCUGCGAAGAAAUCACAGAGCAAUAACACAAACUCGAAAUCUUAA